GGACGAAGAGUUUAAUUCCGUGCCUGGGAAUCGCGAUUACUUGGACUUUGGCAUUUGAACGCAUGCCUACCAAAGAAGAAAGUGUCGGUGGGGUUGAGCGGGUCAGGUGGCGGGUGAGGUGACUGUGCCGGCUGGAAACCCGAAGCCCGUAAACGCUUCCUCUCCCACGGCCGCCUCGCGAGCCGCGAGAGAACAUGGCGGCCCCCGGAUCCCGCGGCUGCAGCCUGGCGGGCCUGCUGCCCGCGCAGACCUCGCUGGAGUACGCCCUGCUCGACGCCGUCACGCCGCAGGAGAAGGACGGCCUGGUCUACCAGUAUCUGCAGAAGGUGGACGGCUGGGAGCAGGACUUGUCCGUGCCCGAGUUCCCGGAAGGACUAGAAUGGCUGAACACAGAAGCGCCUAUUUCCGUCUACAAGGACCUGUGCGGGAAGGUGGUCGUCCUUGAUUUCUUCACCUACUGCUGCAUAAACUGUAUUCACCUGUUGCCCGACCUGCAUGCCUUAGAGCACACCUAUUCUGAUAAAGAUGGUCUUCUGAUAGUUGGCGUUCACUCGGCCAAGUUUCCAAAUGAAAAAGUCCUGGACAACAUUAAGAGUGCUGUUCUUCGCUACAAUAUCAGCCACCCUGUGGUUAAUGAUGCAGACGCCAGCCUUUGGCAAGAAUUAGAAGUUUCCUGCUGGCCGACUCUGGUCAUCCUUGGACCUCGUGGAAACAUGUUAUUUUCUUUGAUUGGAGAAGGACACAAAGAUAAAUUAUUUUUAUAUACUUCAAUAACUUUGAAGUAUUACAAAGACAGGGGUCAGAUCAGAGAUCAUAAAAUUGGAAUAAAGCUCUAUAAAGAUUCUUUGCCCUCUUCACCAUUGCUCUUUCCUGGCAAAGUAACUGUAGACCAAGUUACUAAUCGAUUGGUAAUAGCAGAUACGGGACAUCAUAGGAUUUUGGUCAUCUGGAAGAAUGGACAAAUUCAGUACAGCAUUGGAGGACCUAACCCUGGAAGAAAGGAUGGGAUGUUUUCGGAGGCCACUUUUAAUUCUCCACAAGGUGUAGCCAUAAUGAAUAAUAUCAUAUAUGUGGCAGAUACUGAAAACCACCUUAUAAGAAAGAUUGACCUGCAAGCUGAGAAGGUGAGCACUGUGGCUGGCAUUGGAAUUCAAGGAACAGAUAAAGAAGGAGGAGCAGAAGGGGAGCAGCAGCCCAUUAGCUCCCCCUGGGAUGUGACGUUUGGAACAUCAGGUUCAGAGGUCCAAAGAGAUGACAUUCUAUGGAUAGCCAUGGCAGGGACCCAUCAGAUAUGGGCACUCCUAUUGGACUCUUGCAAACUGCCAAAGAAAAAUGAAUUAAAAAAGGGAACCUGUCUUCGGUUUGCUGGAAGUGGGAAUGAAGAGAAUCGAAACAAUGCCUAUCCUCACAAGGCAGGUUUUGCCCAGCCUUCAGGUCUUUCUCUGGCCUCUGAGGAGCCCUGGAACUGCCUUUUUGUAGCAGACAGUGAGAGCAGUACUGUGAGAACCAUCUCGCUGAAGGAUGGAGCCGUGAAGCAUCUUGUCGGAGGAGAAAGAGACCCCACGAAUUUAUUUGCUUUUGGUGAUGCUGAUGGAGUAGGAAUCAACGCAAAACUCCAGCACCCACUUGGAGUAGCAUGGGACAACAAAAGGAAUCUACUUUAUGUGGCAGACUCCUAUAAUCACAAGAUUAAAAUUGUGGAUCCUAAAACAAAGAGCUGUACAACAUUAGCAGGAACUGGAAACACAGAUAACGUUACCGGUUCCAGUUUCACCGAAUCAACUUUUAAUGAGCCAGGAGGCUUGUGUAUUGGAGAAAAUGGUCAGUUGUUAUAUGUAGCAGACACCAAUAAUCAUCAAAUUAAAGUGAUGGAUUUAGAAACAAAAACGAUUUCUGUGCUCCCCAUCUUCAGAUCUGCAAGUUCUGUGGUAGAUGGUCCGGUCCUGGGAGAAACACAGAAGACAUUACCCAAGCUGCCUAAAUCUGCUGCAAGCAUCAGGCUUUCCCCUGUGACCGCGCGUCCUGGCCAGACCCUCCAGUUCAAGCUACGACUAGACCUGCCAUCGGGAACGAAGCUAACCGAAGGAGUGCCCAGUUGCUGGUUUGUGACAGCUGAAGGCAAUGAAUGGCUUCUUCAAGGACAGACGCCAUCUGGAGAGAUAGAGAGCAUGUCCAGCCAGCCAACGAUUUCUCUGCAAGUUCCUGGCCAUUGCUUGUCCCUUGACGCUGUUGUGUGUGUCAGUGUUCUGCUCUAUUACUGCAGCGCGGAUAGUGGCGCUUGUAUGAUGCAGGGAGUCCUGUUCAGGCAGCCUCUGCAGAUAAGUGACACGCAGCAAGGCUGCGCAGCUCCCGUGGAGCUCAGGCAUGUGUUCUAGAAGGCAUGGCAGUCCUCCCCACAGCCCCAGCCUCCUGACCGUCACUAUGACUUACGAGGAAAACUUAGUUUCUGCCUCUGGAAACCAAGACGCCAUUCCCCGUUUCUAGCAGAUGUCACUAAAAUAAAGCAAUGCUCCUUGUUUACUUUU